CGCAAGGGCGCUGGCGCGCAUUUGCUUGUCGCUGCAGUCGAAUCUUUAUCAACACGUGCGUAAUUGCACUACAGCGAAGCAAGCUUGGGACAAGCUUGCGGAAUGUUACGAAAACAAAGGAUUAUAUCGUCGAGUUCUCUUACUGCGAAAACUGCAUCGUGUGGAAUACUGCCAAUUCGCGUCAAUGUCGGACUACAUCAAUAAUGUCAUGCUUUUGGUACAACAGUUGGAAGAUAUAGAUAAAAAGGUGGAUGACGAAGAGGUGGCAGAGAUCCUGCUGUCUGGCCUGCCUCAGGAAUACGAUGUAUUGGUAUCCAGCCUUGAGACGGCGUGUCUCACUAAUACUUUAAGCUCGGAUGUAGUCCGCAUGAGACUCUUGCAAGAGGAACACCGAAGAAACUCUGAGACGGCGUCUUCUGCGUACACCGCGACCAGCAACAGGAAGAAGAGGGAGGUGACCUGCACUUUUUGUAAGAAGCAAGGGCAUGUGGCGAAGCGCUGCUUUAAGAGGAAACGUGAACAGAAUAGCAGCCUUGAGACGCAAGGACAUACUAUGUUAGCUACUGCGUUCUCGGCUAUUACUACAGCUUCGGACCUCAUUGGAAGUGAAGAUUCUCGCCACAAUGAUGGAAACCUCGCUGCAGAUGGUGAAGAAUGUGACUGCAUUGCUUCUGUGGCCAACGGCCAACACAUUUGUAGUGAAUAUAUGGGAAGAAAAUAACAAUAGCCUGUGCAGCUGUGUCUCUUGUCUGGCGGGUGAGAUGAAUAAGUCAUCUCUGCCUGUGACAAGUCCAAGACGUGCUGCUUUACCACUGGAACAGACCCAUUCCGAUGCUGCUGGACCAAUGCAAGACACUAUGUUGGGCGGAGCCUGCUUCUUGCUAAAGUUGACUGACCAUAUGAGGAAAAGUUUUGGCUACCUUAUGAAGUCUGAAAAGGAGGUGAGUUACCAUUUUAUUAACUUUUGUAGUAUGAUUGAGAAGCAUAAGGGGUUGCACAUUUGUGAUCUUUGUACGGGAACAGAAUAUUGCAAGGAUGACCUUACAAGUAUACCUAAGAGGCAAGGCUUUGUACACCAAACCUCUGUGCCCUAUAGUGCAAGCAUAGUUAAAUUUAUAGUGUUACAGUGUGUUGAAA